AGGGUUUUUAGCUAUCAUCUUUUCUCUCCCCGCUCUCUCUCACUUCCGACAGGAGAGAGAAAGCUCCUUACCAAUCUCUCUCUUCCUAUUUAUCCUAAAAAAAACCCUAUCUUUCUUACAUCAAGAUUAAAUAUCUUGAUUCUAUAGAUUCAGCGUUAUCAGUCAAUCGCUGAUUCUCCCUUUAAUUGAUCCGAUACUGUUCGAUUUCAGAAAAACAGAGAGAAAAUUCAAGGUAUGCAGGCUGAUCAAACGGUAAUAAGCUUGAGACCUGGAGGUGGAAAUCGGGGAAGAACCAUUGGCCCUCGUUUUGAUUCCUCGGCUUUCGGUUCAUUAGAUCAUCCAAUCCUUCGUCCUCAUGGCGGUGCUGGCACUCCUUCUCUCGCCGCCUUCAAGACUGGUGAUUCCCGCUUUGAAGCCCACGAACGCGUUCGUUAUACAAGAGACCAAUUGUUGCAACUUAGGGAGGUUGUAAAUGUCCCUGAGGAGAUUCUUAAAGUCAAAAAAGAAGUUGACACCGAGUUUUUUGGUGAGGAUCAAAGCUGGAUCAAUACCAAUACCAAUACCAAAGCAGAAGUAAAUGUGCCAAGUCAGCCUCAGGCACGUUACUCAGAGCCUGAUAAUCGUGACUGGCGUGGACGUUCCGGUUCUACCCUUGUGGACAACAGGCAACAUGAAACAAAUCAGUAUAAUCGACAUGAUCAAUCAAGAUCACAGAUAUCUUCUAACCAAGGGAGUGGCCCUACUCCUGCUCUUAUCAAAGCUGAGGUGCCAUGGUCAGUUCGGAGGGGGACACUUUCUGACAAGGAUCGCGUCUUGAAGACAGUAAAAGGUAUCUUGAACAAACUGACACCCGAGAAAUUUGAUCUUCUCAAAGGCCAACUCAUUGAUUCCGGGAUCACAACAGCUGAUAUUCUAAAGGGUGUGAUUUCCUUGAUAUUUGAUAAAGCUGUUCUUGAGCCAACAUUUUGUCCCAUGUAUGCACAACUGUGUUCAGAUCUUAAUGUGAAACUCCCCCCUUUUCCAUCUGAUGAGCCUGAUGGAAAAGAGAUCACAUUCAAGAGAGUUUUAUUGAAUAAUUGUCAGGAGGCUUUUGAAGGUGCUGAUAAAUUAAGAGAGGAAAUAAGACAAAUGAAUGCCCCUGAACAAGAAUCUGAACGUAGAGAUAAAGAAAGAAUUGUGAAAAUUCGUACCCUUGGAAAUAUAAGGUUGAUUGGUGAGCUUUUGAAACAGAAAAUGGUUCCUGAAAGAAUUGUUCAUCACAUUGUCCAGGAGCUUUUAGGACAAGACAAUAAAACAUGUCCAGAUGAAGAAAACGUUGAAGCAAUAUGCCAGUUUUUUCAAACAAUUGGAAAACAAUUAGAUGAAAGCCCAAAAUCAAGGCGAAUUAAUGAUACUUAUUUCACUAGACUUAAAGAGCUCUCAACAAACCCACAACUCCCUUCACGUAUGCGAUUUAUGGUUCGUGAUAUUCUCGAUCUCCAAUCCAACAAGUGGGUCCCACGUCGCGAAGAAGUGAAAGCCAAAACCAUCACGGAAAUCCACAAUGAAGCCGAGAAGAACAUGCGACUCCGCCCCGGUUCCACCGCCAGUAUCCGAAACAACCGAGUACAAGGCGGCGGCGGCGGUGGCGGUGUUGGCGGGUUUCCGUUGAACCGCCCUGGCGCUGGCGGCAUGAUGCCCGGAAUGCCCGGAACCCGACUGCCCGGCCUGCCUGAUAACGACAACUGGGAAGUCCCUAGGUCCCGGUCAAUGCCCCGUAAUCAAAUCACUCAACCGCCAGUCACCGGAAAAACACCAACACCGUCGGUCAACCCAAGAUUUCUCCCGCAAGGUAGCGGCGGUUUCAUUGGCGGCAGAAGUAGCGCGUUACUGCAAGGCAGCGGUGUUGCCGCUGCCACCACCACCGCCUCCACCACCGCUGCCGCCGCCCCGGUGGAGUCUUCUCCGGUGGUGGUGAAACCGGUUGUAGCUAAGAAUUUAGAUGAAAUGAAGAGAAAAACGAUUUCGCUUCUUGAAGAAUAUUUUAGUGUUCGGAUGCUUGAUGAAGCUUUACAGUGUGUGGAGGAGCUAAAGUCGCCGGAAUACCACCCGGAGUUUGUGAAGGAAGCGGUGUCACUUGCAUUGGAGAAAAGUCCACCGUGUGUUGAACCGGUUGCUAAGCUUCUUGACUAUUUGUAUUCCAAGAAAGUUUUGGUCAAACAUGAUUUGACCACCGGGUGUGUUGGAUACGCGAUGUUGUUGGAUGAUAUCGCGAUUGAUUUGCCGAAAGCGCCGGGUGGUUUCGGGGAGGUUUUGGGCCACUUGGUGGUGGCGGGCGGUGUAGAUUUUAAGGUGGUGGAGGAGGUUUUGAAGAAGAUGGAGGAUGAGGACUUUCGGAAGGCGGUUUUUGAUGGGGUGAUGAGGGUUGUGGGGUUGGGGAAUGUGGUGUUGAGUGAACAAGGGGAUGGUGUUGCUGCGUGUGAGAGGUUGUUUUGAGUGUGUUGUUUGUGGGUUUAUGUAGGUGGUGGUAAUGGGCGGAAGGUGGUGGUGGUGGUGGGUUUUUGGGGAGGUGUAUAUUUUGAUUUUUUAUUUGGGAUUUUAUUGAUAGCUAUGUGUGUUUGGAAAUGAGAUAGGUGAAGUGAGUGUCGCCAUGAAUUUUGAAACUUGUUUUGUAACGUUAAGUUAGUUUAU